CUGGACGGAGCCUGGCAGAGGACCCACCGGAGUCGCCCUCUCGCCCUCGCCGUCCGCCGUGGCUAGAGGCCGUCGCUGUGGUUGUUACAGGGUGUAAUGUGUUCGAGAUACAAGCGAAAUGAAGAUAAGAAAAAGUACGUAAAACAAAACGGAAAAAAAAGAGUUAAUAAGAAAACGAAAAGCAAUACGAAACAAAACGGAACUCUGAAAAAUAAAAGACAAUAACGAACGAAAACCUGAAACAAGGACAAUUUUUUAUAAUAUGGGAACACAAUACAGAAGUGAACAUUCGAAGUUCAGUGGUAGAUGGUCAGGAAUGGUGGCCCUCUUCCGCACAAUGGUGGGCGUGAGCAUCGUAAGCGGCCUGCUAGUAGUCCUGCUGUGGUCGGAGCAGCAGGUGGGCGUGAAGACCCCCGCCCACACCCACUUCCACGCCCACGCGAGAGGCAUUCCGGACACUUCGCUGGCGGAGGGCGAGGGCGGCCCUGAGGAAGAAGAGGAAUUCGAGACCGUGACGGAGCGCCUGGAGCCCCGCCCCCCGGCCUUUCCCAGCAACGAGCACACGCCCACCAACAGCACCGUGACCCUCACCACGAGGAGGAGGGCAUCCAUCUCCUUCAGGAGCGCCACAAGUUCUCCCGUGCUCGAGAGAGGCUCUGGAACCUCCUCUUCCUCCUCCUCCUCCUCGCCGUCCUCCUCCUCCAGCUCCACGCCGUCCUCGAACCACAGCAGCGACGCCUCCGAGGCCAAGCUGGUGUUCACGAUCGAGCAGGAGCCGCCGAGCGGGAGUGGCGGCGGCGGCGACGGGGCCGCGGCCGCCUCCGCCGGGCCCUUUUCCCCGAAGAUCUACGUCAUCACGCCCACGUACCGGCGGCCGGAGCAGGUGGGCGGAGCGCCGCUUCUGAGAUACGCCUUCCCUCAGGUGGCCGAGCUCACGCGGUUGUCUCAGACGCUGAUGCUGGUCCCGAACCUGCACUGGCUCGUCGCCGAAGACGCCGUGGCGCCCACGAGACAGGUCCUCGCCUUCCUGGACUCCUGCAGCGUGCCGCACACCUAUCUCUUAGUUCCGAAUAAGGAAGGCCUAUUCCGGGGAUCCCUGAGCAGCCCGACUGGCAGAAAGACCAAUUCCCGAAUCCUCCAGCCUGCUUCUUGUACCUCCCUAGUCAGUUCUUACACGGGAGAACUUUAG